UUUGGCGCAUGCGCAAACGGGUGCAUGUAGGGAACUAUAAGAUGAAAGAUGGCGGACUGAGCGGCUGCGGUUUUCCGGAGAUGUUUAAAAUUUCCGAUCUAACAGCUUCAUACAUUCACAGCAAGCACAUCAACAGAUACAUUAAAUAUUCGUUUUUCCUAAAGCCCCGAGAAGUGGAGUUUGGAACGAUGGAGUGAUAUUGAAGUGAAGACGUGAUAGAAGAUGGACGACUACUGCUAUGCUAAGAUGGCGACCUCCGCUAAAAGAGAACAUGAAAGAGAAUCAGCGCCACCAACUUCCAGCAAAUCACCAACGGAGAUAAAGACGAAAGAUGAAGACAUGCAGCAGCUGAUUGGUCAUCCAGAAGAACUUCCCCCUCAGGCAGUGGUGAGCUCCACUUUGAAGCAGGAGACUCCACAGCCACCCCACAUUAAAAAAGAAGAGGAGGAACUCUGGAUCACUCAGGAAGGAGAGUCUUUUUUUGAACCGGACAAGGCUGAUCUCACCAAGUUGCCACUGACUGUUGUCUCUGUGAAGACUGAAGAUGAUGAAGAGAAACCACAAGUAGACAACCUCUUAGCUCCACUAUCAGAUAGUGAAGGUGAAGACGAGGUUGAAGUGACUUUGAGCAGCCAUACAGACUCUGAAGGGGAAAGUACUGACUCUGACAACAAAGACUCAAAAUGUUCUAAAAAGAAGAGAGGUAAAAAAUGUUUGAGCUGCUCAGUCUGUGCUAAAAACUUUUCUAAAAAGAGCGAUUUGACUCGACACAUGAGAACACACACAGGAGAAAAAACAUUUAAUUGUUCGAUGUGUUGUAAAAGCUUCUCUCAAAAGCACCAUUUGACUGAGCACAUGAGAACACACACAGGAGAAAAACCAUUUAACUGUUCAGUUUGUCAUAAAAGCUUUUCUCGAAAGAGCAGCGUGACUGAACACAUGAGAACACACACGGGAGAAAAAUCAGUGAGUUGUUCAGUUUGUGGUAAAAGCUUUCUUCUAAACAGACAAUUGGCUGAACACAUGAAUAGGCACACAGGAGUAAAGCCAUUUAAAUGCUCAAUUUGUGGUAAAAGCUUUGUUUCCAGAUUUGGUUUGAGUCAACACAUAAAGAUACACAAUGGAAUAAAACCAUUUAUUUGUUCUGUGUGUGGCAAAAGCUAUUUUCAAAAUAGCAGUUUGAUUCCACACAUGAGAACACACACAGGAGAGAAACCGUUGAGAGACCAUAAUUGUUCAGUUUGUGGUAAAACUUUUACUCGUAAUGAAAGUUUGAUUGAACAUAUGAGAACACACACAGGAGAAAAGCCAUUCGAUUGCUCAGUUUGUAGUAAAAAGUUUUCUCAAAGAAGCACUUUGACGCAGCACAUGAGAACACACACGGGAGAAAAACCAUUUAACUGUUCAGUCUGUGGCAAAAGCUUUUCUCAAAAUAUCAGUUUGAUUGAUCACAUAAGUACACACAGAGGAGAACAAACAUUAAAUUGUUCAGUUUGUGGUAAAGGUUUUACAAGAAAGAGCCAUUUAACUCAACACAUGAGGACACACACAGGAGGAAAAAUCCUUAAAUGCUCAGUUUGUGACAAAAGCUUUGUUUCUCGAGCAGUUUUGGCUCGACACAUGAGAGCCCACACUGGACUGAAACCAUUUAGUUGUUCAGUUUGUGGCAAAAGCUUUUCUCAAACGAGCCAUUUGCCUCGACACAUGAGAACACACACUGGAGAAAAACCAUUCAUUUGUUCAGUUUGCGGCAAAAGUUUUUUUUCCCGACAAGAUUUGACUCGACAUACAAUAAAAUUCACUGGAGAAAAAACAUUUAGUUGUUCAGUUUGCGGUAAAAGGUUUCAUCAUAAUGCAGACGCAUUAACACACAUAAGAACGCACACGGGAGAAGAACCAACAGUUGUUUAGUUUGGGGUAUGUUAUUCAUAUGUGGCGACAUCCACCCUAACCCAGGACCUCUUUAAAAUUAGUUCACUGCAUUUUUUUAUAAAAAAUAUCCGAGGUUUUCGUACUAGUUGGGAUUAGCACAAAAAUCAUUUUAUCUCCUCAUGACACCAUGUCUUCUGCAAAUCUGAAACGUUCCUGAAUAGUUAGAUGAUACUUGUAGUGCUUGCUUACUUCUUCAGAUGAGACAGACUUGAUGAUUCCAGCUGGGGAGGCAGUGAUGCUUUGUCUGACUUGGAACACCAGCAACAUGAAUCAAUCUACCUAAAACUACACCUUUUAGGUCGCCUGGUGUACAUCUUUUUGUCUACAGAUCACCAUCAGAUGAUGACUUGGCGUACCAUGUAAUAUCUGAGCUCAUUGACACUAUCCAAAAACUCUACCCAAAGUCCAGAAGGACUGUUCUUGGGGAUCCAUCAUGAAGACUGGCUGGGAAGUAAAAAGACUGACACUCACAGGGAAUGUGCCCUUAAGUUUGCCAUACUCAACAAUCUCUCCAACAAGUUGGAAAUUGCCCCAAACGCCAAAAUGACAAGUACAGGUCCUCUGACAGACCCUGGUUUAACGAUGAGUGCCAUUUAAUUUAACCAGAAAGCUUAUGGUUGGUGGCGUAAGGAUCAUAGAAAGGAUUAUUGGGUUGUACAUGAACUCAAAAUCUGAAUGCUAAGACGGGCUUGUCUACAGUUCUUGCAGCGGCUAGAGCAAAAACUCAACUGUGUAAAUAUCAAGCAGUGGUGGAAACGGGUGGAAUAUGUAAGUGAUAGCAAUAAGACCUCUGAUGUUCCUCCAUUAGUAAAUAAUGGACAGACUUUCAGCUAGACAAAAGUCAAGACGGCGCUUCUUAAGACGUUUGCAGCUAAUGUUCAUCUUUAUGACAAUGGUAAGAAUCUCCCUAAGUUGCAACCCAAAAACAGCAAAGUUCUGUCAGCCACGAAAUGAGGUCCCAUGAAUUUUCUUGAAAAAUGUGUGUUGUCUUGACACUUCAAAGAUUAAUGCCACUGGUGGGAUCUCAGCAACUGUACUUAACAAUUGUGCGCUAGCGCUUGCCCCGGAGCCAUGUUUUUAUUUAUUGAGCGUUUAAAUGUUUAUUUUCCUCCCAUUUUAUGGACUUUUUUCAGUUUGUGUGAAGUCAUGUGGCUUCACUUCUGGUGUACGAAGGCAAGUCUAUGUGUGGAUCGUCAUAUUUCCCUUCGCUGAAUAGUAGUUGUGUUUUAAUAUCUUGCUUUAUUUGCUUUUAUAAAAAAAAUUGUAAACAUUUGGGAUCUUACAUUUUUCUUUGUAUCUGAAGUGCAUGUAAUAUCCUCCAUGAAAACGUACUUUGUAUGAUCACGUCUCUUUUGUCUGAAAGUCUAGUGCAGCAAAGUCGUUGAUCUUGGAUGUAUAUUCCGCCAUAUUGGCAGCCACCUUCAUUCAUUCAGCCAAGCAUUAAAAAUGAAUUUGGCAUAUGACUGAAAAAAACCUUUCGUUUUUUUUUGUUGCUGAUAAGAGACGUUAGCAACAUGGACCUGCUCGAUCACGACGGCCUCCACUUCAUGCUGACUCACACCGACGUGAGUCAGAGUACAAUAUCGCAGCUCUAGUAGUACACGCUAUUUUAUAGGUUGCACACACUGAUUACCACGUGGCGAUUGGAUCUUAGUAAAUCAGGCCUUACGAUUAUUUUUAGAAGUCAGGAGAGUGAGCAGCAGCAGAACCAGAAUUAUCAUAUGCAGGUUCCUUGUAUUUGAUCAGGAAAUGUACACAUUUUGUGAUUUUACACAAGCAAAUGUUAGAAUACAAUUGUAACUAUACAGAAAAAUACAUUUAUAACACAGUUUGAUGGACACUUAUAUUUUUUUAUUAUUCGAUUUUCUAUUGUUCAUGAGUUUGAGCAGUGGUUCUUAAUUAAGAGGCUGACAUUUUUGUAUGACCACCUGAAUGGAACUAUUUGUAUUUAUUUGUAAAAACUUGCGGUUAAUUAUACCGUAUACAAUUUUCUUAUAUGAUUGUGAAGUAGCAUGUAUUUGUAUUUGGUCACAUAAUCCUUUAGAGCAGUGGUUCUCAACCUUUUUUUUUACCUGUGAACAUUUUUUUAAUUCAAGUACCCCCUAAUCAGAGCAAAUCAUUUUUGGUUGAAAAAAAGAGAUAAAGAAGUAAAAUACAGCACUAUGUCAUCAGUUUCUGAUGUAUUAAAUUGUAUAACAGUGCGAAAUAUUGCUCAUUUGUUGUGGUCUUUCUUCAACUAUUUGGAAAAAAUAUAUAAAAAUAACUAAAAACGUGUUGAAAAAUAAACAAGUGAUUCAAUUAUAAAUAAAGAUUUCUACACAUAGAAGUAAUCAUCAACUUAAAGUGCCCUCUUUGGGGAUUGUAAUAGAGAUCCAUCUGGAUUCAUGAACUUAAUUCUAAACAUUUCUUCACAAAAAAAGAAAUCUUUAACAUCAAUAUUUAUGGAACAAGUCCACAAAAAAAUCUAGCUGUCAACACUGAAUAUUGCAUUGUUGCCUUUCUUUUCACAGUUCUUUUUGACAGACAUUUAAAAAAAAAUCCCACGUACCCCUUGGCAUACCUUCAAGUACCCCUAGGGGUACGCGUACCCCCAUUUGAGAACCACUGCUUUAGAGGAUUAUUCUACUAAGGACAAAAGUGCACAUGUCAAUCGCAAACUCUCCAGAGAGUGGGGGCUUUUCCCCCCAGGACAUUGAGGAACUUAAGGGAUGGCAGCAGUUGGAUUUUAGGAGGAAGUGUGAACACAAUAAUAACAUCGGGUAGGAAGCCCCCUCCGGGAGAAGUAGAGAUCAAGGGUUGGAGGUCACCCGACUCAAACCGAUCACAGGAAAUAGGCUGACUGGCCAAGCAACAAACUGGGCUUUGUCCAGACUGACCGGCUCCAAGGCAAGAGUUACGAAGAGUGGGGGUCUUCGUGUAAAAGGUAUUUAAGGACAGUUGUCCGAGAAAACAGCGGAAAAGUGAUUAGGUCCAUACUUUUUCUCCUGGAAGCUGCGGCUCCAGUCUGAGGCUCGCUGAAACAAAUAAAGCUUUUUGUUCGACGAUUCCUCGUUGGCGUCGUCUUUGCUCAUCACCCAUCAGGCGACCAUCAAAUAUACACCGAACAACUGUAUGCGUUGCUGGCACCAGCAGUCUGCA